AUGGCACGUGUGAUGCACGCCCCAUAUGGGCAUUCCACACUCAGCUCAGAAAGGCAGCUAUCAAAAAAGGAAUUGAAGAAGAAAGAACUUGAAGAACUUGAAGCUACGCUUGCUGAAUUUGGAUACAACCAACCUGAGAAAAAAGACGAUUCACUAGGUGCUACACAUAGCAAGAAGGUAGAGAAUGUGAUGAAUGGAGAGGAGGAUAAGAAGGAUGAUGGUACUACUGUUGAGAGCAAGAAUGCAAAAAAGAAGAAAAAGAAGUCAAAGGAGGCCAAAGAACAACAGGAUCAACCCAACGGUGUUGAAGUUGGAAAUGCAAAGGAAAAAGAUGAAAGUGGUGGAGUGGAGAAGGCUGAAGAUGCUCAUAAUGUUGAUGUGAAAGAGAAGCUUAAGAAAUUGCAGUCUAUGAAAAAGAAGAAGUCAAGGAUGCUGCAGCCAAAGCUGCUGCAAAGAAAAAGGAGAAGAACCACUACAACUAGCAGCCACAGCGAGUCAUAG